AUGGUAUGUGCACAUACUCAUCCCCCCAUCUCAGGUAUUUUUUUUUUUUUGUUAAGAAAAAAUUGUACACCUAAACUAUACCACUAUUUCUUAACAACCAACUACAUGAACGGAGAAGAGCAAGUUGACAAUUAUGAUGAGUUUGAAAUUAACAAUGAGCUUGACUUUGAUAUAGAGGAGGAGAUUAGGAAAAUCAUGACAUUGUCGCCCAUGUCGACUCCCACUUCAACUUUUUCACCCACUGAUUCUAUUUCCACAGUCGCCACAGAGCCAGAAACUAAGGCCAACCUAGAUACAAUAAGCUAUGUCAAGUCACUAAUGAUUGAUAGCUCCAAACUUCUUGGGUUGUACUCGACGCUAAAGAACACGUACUUAAAGUUAUGCAAAGAGUAUAAUUAUUUAUUGACAAAGUUUAAUGAUAAUGAGAAAGCCAAGUUGCAAUUGAUUCAAGAAAAUGAGGAAUUGAAACAAGCUAUGGCGGAGUUGUUACAGGAUCGCAGCAGUAAAAAGAGAAGAAAGUCAAGAAAAGCAUUGGCUUAG